AUGGCCGCGGCAGGCGCGAGGGCGCAAAAGCCCGUGGGUUCAGCACCAUGGAUCGCCGCAGAGAAGGAAAACAUGGCCGAACUCGUCGAACAAGAGUUGGAAGAGGUCGAAUAUCCAGUCCGACAUGAACUGGAUUGGCUCAAUGAACAUAUGACCGAAAUCUUCUCCAAGGGCCAAGCAAACUUUGCGGAUGUGUUCAAAACUCCGGGGAAAAUGAGAGGCAAAACUCCUCGCACCGCGCGGAAACGCGCCCCAGAAGAGUCUCGGAUGGUGAGUGCCACACCUGUGGGCUUGAAUCCGGGUCGCCCUCUAACGCAGCCUUUACAGCCUUUGAGUGAGAUAUUUUCAUCGGCCCAAAAACAACUAGAGAACCAAGCAAGCCCCAGUCCCUUCAUACAUCGCGUGGUAUCCAAGCCCCCCGCGACCACAUCGACAGUGCCCCGCACCAAGGACACAACAGAGCAAGCGUCGCAACCACAGUACCCUGAUCUCAGCCAGAACCUCAACUCGUUCCCCAAAUAUAACACAGACUCUGGAUACCAUGGUUUGACAGAUGAUGACGACAUGAUAUUGCCUGACGUGCAACCAGAAUCACAAACCUCUACUCAGCCCUUGGAGACAGACGAUCAUAUGAGCUCCGACACUCAGGAGGUUGAUGUCUCACUUGGCCAGCAGCAUACAGAAGACUCUUUCCAUUCCGCGCAGGAGAAUGUCCGCUCCCGAGCGCAGACCAUCGAGCCCCCCAACGACCCAACCCCGACUCAAACGCGAACAACGCACCCUGUCGAACCAGGUCCGAAGGAAUCCAGUCUGGAGAUUCCAUCGACGCCGACGCAGAAGAAGACAUCACAGACCACAGCGAAGAUUGCGGACAAGCAAAAGAGACCGUCUGAAGAGAAAGAAGCUGAAUCGAAACAAGUCGAUGAGCCAGUCACAAACCUGUCUCCUUCGCCGGAGAAGGCUCCAGUGGCCGAAACAACUCGAUUCGAAGACUUCCAAAUGGAAGAAGAAACAAUUGAGGAUACUACAAAGGAAGAUACUAUGCUUAAUGGCCUUGAUGAUAUUGGCUCUCCCUCGGAUGGUUCUACUCCUGAAAGACCCCUAGUCCGAAAGAGUAGCUUGAGCUUUGCCUCACUCCCUGCGCGGGAGCCGCUCUCAAAGUCCUUGGGAGGUUCGCGUCUCUCACGAACAAGCCAUGUGGACCCGGCAAAGAUGAACAACGCCGGACGUCCCAGCUACUUUGGGCGACAGACUGGAGGUCAUAGAAUGACCCAGCCUGCUACGGAAAAUAACGCCGAUUCUGCAACAUUGGAUGUUGAGAGCGACAAACAAUCGAGUGAUGGUCCGGAUCCUGAACAAGUUACCAGGAUGCACAGCAAAAAGUCUACUCAGACUCUACACGAGAGGAUCAGCAUGCUAGGCAAACUACAGCCGGCUCGGCCACGAAAAUCAAUUUCAUCUGCUCCUGUGGCAGCAACUGGGCAAGUGCCUUAUCCCGAACUUCCAGCUUCCAAGCCUGAGGCAAAGCCAGAAACCUUGACUCAGAAGGCUGAGGCACCAGUUUCAGAGCCUCAGUCAAAUGAUGAUGAAUGGAUCAAGCCAUUGAGUUCUCCGCAACGCGUGGAGCUUACUAAGAGCAAGACCAUGGACAUCAUGGAAAAGCUCUCCGACCUUGAUAAAGAUCGUACAGCGAACAAAAAGGAACAAUCCACCACAGAGCCAGAAAGACCCAAAUCAUCUACCUCAUUAUUCUCAUCUCCGCGGCCUUUUGGUCACCAACAAAGCGCUUCUCUGUCUCAUGUUUCUGCUGAUAUGUCUACCACUCCGACCGGCUCUCCCAGGCGCUUUGAUGGUCCAAUUAGUGCCUCGAAACUGAGACUGCAGUCGAUCAUGAAAUCUGCGAAAGGCCUGUUCUCGAGCACUGGAAACACACCCAGGCUGGAAAGCUCGUCUCCUGAGCAGCAUCGUGUCAAGCGAGCCGCUGAAGCUGCAGAUACUAGUGACCGAACUGCAUCAAAACCAACCAAGACUGUCAGUCCUCCUCGACAAGAGGGUCGCCGAACACGAAGCUCUACCGAGAAAGAAGAGAAGCGCCGACAACAUGAACGAGAGGAGCGAGAGGAACAGGAACGCGAGGAGCAAGAUCGGGAAGAGCGAGAAGAACAACAACGGGAAGAGGCCCGCCUCGAGAAAUCUCGGGAACAGGAAAGGUUAAGAGCCUUGCGACUCAAGGCGGCUCAGGAUAAGUCCUCGAUGGAGCCGGAAGAGAAGGUGGCACCAAAGGCCUCUCAGGUCCAGCGACAGCAAUCUCGUGAGCCUGAAUCAUCUCAGGAUACCAGCUCCAGAUUCGGCAUCCCUCAGCCCAAACAAAACGAUCGACGUCCCCUCAAGCCGACUCGCGAAGCUGUUCAAAAGCCCAAACCGCCACAGCCGAUGUCUAUUCGGGUUGGCAGCACACUCUCCCGUCAAAUUCCCAUGGCAUCUUCCAGUGUUCGGGAGUCUACAGUUUCGAUGAUUGCCCCUCCAUCUGCCGCAAAACCAACUCUUAAGAAGAAGGGAAGCAACAACUCACUUCACACGGCUUCCUCUACGAGCAGCUUUAAGAGCACUGGUUCCAGUCAAACACAGGCUCAGCGUAAAGCUCAACUUGCUAGUGAGCGCAGAAAAGAGCAAGAGGACCGCCGAAAGGAGGAACAGCAACGCGAAAUGGACCGCAAGCGAGCUCAGCAGCAACAGGAAGAGGCUCGCCGGCAGAAUAUGCGCAGCCGCGCUGAAAGUCGGGCUGAAAGCCGUGCUGAGACUGAAAGAGAGCGCCGGGAGCCCUCCGCCCAGGAGGAUCCUGAAAAAGCAGCUCGUAUGCAGGCCAUUAGAAACCGACAAAUGGAAAACGCUCGGAAGCACGAAAGGCAUGGUAGCCAGCAGAUGAAAGAGGCUCCGGCUCUUCAACAUGAGAAGACAUCGUCUCAACCCCCUCAGCGCAAUGACCUCGGCGCUGCCCGGCCUCCUUCUCGUCUGGGGUCUAUGCAACCAUAUAGCAGCCGCAUCAACCCACCCGCACCUAAUCCUGCCAAACCUCUGAAGAGAGGCAUGGACGAGGAGGCCAAUCACCGACCCGCAGUCUCCAAGCCUGCCAACGUGCAUUCGACCGGCGAUUCCAAGCGCAGAAAGACAGAGGAUGAGCAUAAUCCAAUUCAACCCGUGCGAGCUCCUAUGCCGCCCCCCGUCCGUACCUCAAAUAUCAGAAAGCCCUCCAUCUUUGGACAUUCACAGUCAUCUAUGUCACACCAGUCCAAUCCUUCCUUUAACAAUGCUCAACCCCAACGACCUGCACACCCUAUGGGCCUGGCCAAGUACACCAAUGGGAAGAUUCCAUUUGCCGAGCCUAAUCACGCACCGCCACCUGCUUCCAAGGCCGCGCCUGGAUCUGCCCAGCGGGCCCCAGCCAAGCCGUCUCCCAAGUACCCCAGUGGUGAAAGCAUCCACUUGCCAGAGAUUGCCACCGAUAGCGAAGACGAAGACGACUCUGAUUCUGAGAUGUUCCCCGUUCCCGAUUGGGCCCAACCCAAACAUCUAGAGGGGCUUCUUCGCCAGCAGGACGGCAUGGAAGUUGACUCCAUCUUUGGGCCGAUUGCGCCAUUCUCCAUGGAGGAUAACUUCAAGGGUGAUAAGAAGAUCAAGAAAUACCGUGAGCGUACCAGCAGUGCAAACUGGUCCGGUCCCGACGGACUUACCCAAGAGGAGAUCCGAAAGGAUCUUGCUGAGCGACAGCGCUUACGACUCAAUGGCGGCUGGCGAUUCAACAGCAGCACCUAG